AUGGAGGGUUCCCGUCGAAGCCAGCUGCAUAGUUGUGACCCAUGUCGCAAGGGUAAAAGAGGCUGCGAUGCACCGAAAGACCGACAACAAGGCAAAUUCAAUGCCUGCUCAAACUGCAAGAGAUGGAAGAAGCAAUGCACCUUCAACUGGAUCGUGAAGCGGGGAGAGUCGAAAGGGAAUCGAAGGAAAGCGAGACCGAGCAAUACGAAUUCGAAUGCCGUGGGCUCUCAUCCGGAGCAACCGGAUGAAGUGUUUCGCUCGGCGCAGGAGCAGGCGCUCAAGUUUGCCGGAUUUUUCGCUUCACCAGAGAGCCUGGACUAUGCUUCGUCGUCUCCUUCACAGCUGGAGGCACCCUUGAGUGACACUUCGCAAUUCAUUCUCCCAAGCCAAAGUGACUCUCAACCAUUUACGUGGGAGAUGGGCCUUCCCUACGACUUGCCAAUCAGCCCAAAGCCAGUCCACCCUCUCAACACAUACCAACCGCUCAUGCAGGGCGGUGUAAUGGAUUCACCAUCCAGUUCUGUCGAGAGCACGCAAACCUGGUUUCCGCAACAGGACCGCGUAUCUGACACGCUCUUGGUACCAAGGGGCCCAGAAUGGGGCAAAAGUCGACGGAAACACCAUCCCGAGCGCGAAUACGACCAAAGCUCGUCAUCGGAAUCACAAUGGAGUUUCUGCAUCGCUUCCGAAAACACAGCAAAAACAAGCGCCCGCGCGGCGAUGUCCCGCAACCUCAUCCGUAUAUAUCAUGAUAGUAUGGAGAACGCGUUAUCAUGCUGGCUCACAGAGCACAAUUGCCCAUACAUCGAAACAAUCACGAAGGUCCUUCCCGGUGAAGAGUGGGGACCGAGUUGGUCGAACAGAAUGUGCAUACGGGUCUGCAAGCUAGAUCGGAUAUCAUCGUCAAUACGAGGUAGAGAUCUGAGCGCAGAAGAGAAUAAGACGGCAGCCCGCGCCCUUCACUUGGCAAUUAUGUCGUUUGCAUCUCAAUGGACUCAACAUGCGGAGAAGGGAAUCGGCGCUUCGGUCCCUGCUGCAAUUGACGAAGAUGAAAGAUUGAUUCGCGAGAAUGUUUGGAAUGAAGCACGCCAGGCCUUACAGCAAUCGAGUGGUAUUCCUUCAUUUCGCAUCGCUUUCGCAAAUAUCAUAUUUUCUCUAACGCAAAGUCCACUGGACAAAAGCCGAGAGGCAACUUUGGAUCAAUUGCUGCAGAAUGAUCCUGCGCCAACUUCCUUGGAAGCGGCCAACCGACAGCUUUUUAUCUUCCGGCACAAAUUCACCAGGUUACAGCGAGAAGCUGCUGCCUCCAAGAGCGAUGCUAGGGGUGGCUCCAUUCUUGCAAACACGCACAAUGACCAUCUUUCACAACCCUCCAACUCCCAACUCGAUCCAAUCCUCACCAGCUACGAACACCGCACUACGCUAGGACUCAUGUUCUGGCUAGGCGUCAUGUUCGAUACCCUAAGCGCUGCAAUGUAUCAGCGCCCCCUCGUCGUGUCAGACGAAGACAGUCAGAUCGCAUCAAUCCCAUCAAUACCCACCCCAGAAACCAACACCUACCCCAAUCAAUGGGACCAAUCCCUAACCCCGACGAAACAAGACGUAUGGGGCGACUACUUCCUCCAAUCCUCAAUCAAACGCCAAGAAACCCAAUACCACCCCCGCUGGCCAUGUUCCUACCAAGAAGCCGCCUCAAUCCUCUCAGAAGCAACUCCCGUCAAAGUCCUCCUCUACCGCCGCGUAACCCAGCUUCAAACCCUAAUCUACCGAGGCGCAAACCCAUCCCACAUCGAAUCCCUCAUCCAAAAAACCCUCUCCGUCUACGAACACUGGGACUCCACAUACCGCCCCUUCAUGGUCGACUGCGUCACUAACCACGACCUUCUCCCUUCCCGCAUCCAAUCCUGGUACGUCAUCCUAGACGGACACUGGCAUCUCUCCGCAAUGCUCCUAGCAGAUGUGCUAGAAAGCAUCGAUAAAUGCAGACUUGGGUGCGAUUCCGCGCGCGAGGCUAGACAAUCCACGAAUAUUGUCGCUACACUACGCACGAAUAAUGCACUUGCUGUUGCGGCGUUGGCGAGGGCUUCAAUUCAGGGCCAGGACUCGUUCAUGGGUCGUGAUUUUCAUGAUUCCUUGAAUGAGGUGGCUUUUUUGGUGGAGCCGUGGACUGCAGUUUUGGUGCAUUGCUUUGCGAAGGCGGGCUAUAUCUUAUUAGAUAACUUGGAUAUGUCUGUUGAGUUGAAUAUUUGGUCUGAUCGCGUAAGACAGAAUUGUGAGUUUGCGAUUCGGGCUCUGCAAUAUCUGGGGAGGAAGUCUGAUAUGGCUUUCGUGGUAGCACGGAACUUGUCGAGGUCGUUGAAUUCGAAGCUUUAUGGGGCUUCUUGGAAUAUUGAAUAG